AUGCAACCUCUUAAGGUUUCGAGUGACCAAAAACCAGUUACAGGCCUGCGCUUGUUCUUAGAAGGGAAGAAAUGCAAUCGAUUGGCCAUACAUGUACAGCAUCUUUCGAGUCUUCCAAAUAUUAUGGCAUUUACAGCUGCCGACACAACCACACGUAGGCCAUGUCAAUGGAGAGGUUCUGAUGAAUUCGAGUCCACUUCCCAAUUCUUGGAACCAGUCAGAUGGAAGAGAUACUCAAAUGUGUGCUCCUCAGCAGUUAAGCAUGACCCAAAUUGGAUGCGGGGAGUGUCGAGUGGCGUCUUUGUAGUGACUGGUGCACAACUUAUCAGCAAGGGAAAUUGGCCAAAGACGGUUCUUCACCUCCGCCUGCUUUUCACCCACCUACCUAAUUGCACAAUCCAAAAGACGGAGUGGGCGGCUGCACCAGAAGCUUCUCGGAAGUCGAGUUUCCUCAUGAAUCUGAGCACUACUUUCACAUUCUCCCGGACUGCUAUUGAUCCACCAAAGCAGCUACCAGCUACACUGAACUCUGGUGUAUACCCUGAUGGCCCACCUGUACCAGUUAGGUCCAGAAAGCUACUCAAAUAUGUCGAUACAGCUGAGGUUUUGCGGGGUCCACACGAUACUCCGGGACAUUGGUUGGUAACAGCUGCUAAACUAGUGACUGAGGGUGGUAAGAUUGGUUUGCAUGUAAAGUUUGCAUUGUUAGAUUAUUUACAGGAAUCGUAGUUUGAGUGUACAUAUGAACGGGUGCUUUAGGUCAUGCUUUUACUCAAGGUUGCUUGAACAUAAUAUAAAGAAAAGAAAGAGCAUCGUAGCUUUGUACAGAAGCAAAUCAAAUUGCAAAAGUGCAUUGGAUUGUUUAUAAAUUUGUUUUCAAUGAUGAGUGACGAGGUAAAGUGGGGUUGG